AUGAGCACUAAUCUCUCACACGAUUUGCUUCUUCAUCGUAACCAGGAUGAAUUACAAGAGUUUUUAACAGACGUUCAGACUCUGGAUAAUGAGGGUGACUAUGAUGAUGAUCCUCUGUUUAAUUUCGAACAAAACUUGUAUGGGCAAGCUUUAGAUUUAACAGAGCAUGAAGACGAUCCAUGGAAAGAGCUUAAUGCUGAAGAUGUGCCAGAUAUUAGCUACGAGGAAAUUGAGGAAAUUGAAGAAGUUAGCAGUGAAUAUAGUGAAGAAAUCCCCGCAACUACACAAAAGCCCACUACAUUGUGUGUCAUAAUUGAUAAUGAUUAUGGGGAGAUACGUCGCUGCAAUAGAAUCAGCAAUAAAAGAUUACAGGAACUUGUUGGUGUUUGGGAAAUUGACGCAAAUGCUGUUGAAGAACUUGCAUCAUAUUUGCGUGCUAUUCUUCGUGCCGCAAAUGUAGUAGCAUACUCAAAAGAUUAUGAGUUAAUAAUAGAACAUCCAAUGGAAUUUGGUAUGAGCGAAAUAAAUUUUGCGCUUAAAGAAGCAGUGGGAAAGGGAUGUAAAGUUCCUCCACCAAAUGUUGUCAUUUUAGAAGCUGGACCAGCACCAAGUACAAACCUUGCAGCGCAUAAAGCCUGUGAAAUGUAUAUAGAGGACUUAGAAUUAAAUCAAGGAGAAUCUUUGGACAUUGCUUCAGAUAUUGAAAAUGGAAAUAAUAAUAUUUUGAAAGUUUGGACCUUAUAUUAUAAAUGGGCAAGUUACCUUAAGCUUCAUAAAAUUGGCAUUCGAAUGGGUAAUUUCGAGGUUCAACAUGAACACUUGAAAGCUUUUGCACCAUUAUUUCCCAUUACUGGAAAAAGCAGAUAUGCAGUAUCAGUACCACGUUUUUUAAUGACAGUAGAAACAAACCCAACUCUAAAAGCAAAACUUCAGAUAGUUGGGUCCGUAAAUCUUACGGCAGAUGAAUAUUUUUUUGCAUAUGAUGAAGCACUAGAGUGCUUCGGUGUAAAAUUUGUUAAACAAAACAUGACCGGGCGUCCAACAGAUCUAGAUAAUUUAAAAUUGGUAAUUAAGGCAGCUCAAAAUGAAAGGGAUCGGUUGUUAGCUUUACAUGCAGAAUUUGUAACUGAUAAUUGUAUAA